UCAAAACACAUUUCUCAAACUUGUCCAAAGCUCAAGCAUUGCCUGAACCAAAGAGAAGAACUUGGCCAUCAAAGAAUUUAGUUAACUAACUGGUUUGCUAGGGUUUUGAUCUGAUUGUUGGGAAGAAAUGGAAAGCAAGGGAUAUGAGACUGAUCUUAACCUCAACCUCAAGGCAACUGAGCUGAGACUGGGGUUGCCGGGCUCAGAUGCAUGUGAAGAUCAAGCAGUGCCGGUUCCCAGUACUUUAAACAAGAAGAGAGCCUUGCCUGAGAAAAGUGAAGAAGAGAUUGCAUCCCAGGGAAGUACUGAUGAUGCUGAAAAGACAACUGCUCUUCCUGCGAAGGCACAGAUAGUUGGGUGGCCACCAGUCAGAUCUUACAGGAAGAACUUCCUUCAGGCCAGUAAGAUUAGUGAGGCUGAGACUCCUGGGAUUUAUGUGAAAGUGAGCAUGGAUGGGGCACCUUACCUCAGAAAGAUUGAUCUGAGGGUUUACAAAGGCUACCCAGAUCUGCUAAAGGCUCUUGAAUCCAUGUUUAAGUUCACUGUUGGCCAAUACUCCGAGAGGGAGGGCUACAAAGGAUCGGAUUAUGUGCCUACUUACGAAGACAAAGACGGUGACUGGAUGCUAGUUGGAGAUGUUCCAUGGGAAAUGUUCAUGUCAUCUUGUAAGAAGUUGAGAAUCAUGAAAGGAUCAGAAGCUAGAGGCUUGGGGUGUGCUGUAUGAGCCCCAAAGCCCCAGGGCAACCCGUAAGAGCAGGAGAAAGAUAACUAUGAAAGAGAUAUAUACAUCACUCAGGGGGAGAGAUCGAAAAUCUCACAGCUCGGGUUUUCGAAGAAGAUACAUAUCCGGUUCUCAGUUUCUCAUCACUGACUGGUUUUCUUUGGUGGUGUAACGUACAAGGGAUUAUAGCGAAGAAGCGAGAAUGUAUAGUGAAUGUUACAUUAGUUUGGCAGCAAAGAUUUGUUGUGGGUUAAAUUUGCGCAUCUGUGAUGCUUUCCUGUUGUUUCAAUCUGAUGAAGUCAAACCAAAACUGCAUACUGAGAGAUUUUGGCUCCAAUUAGAUUGUAUAAAUGGAAAUAUAUGAUAUAUAUCAAGUUUUGUUUCUCAGUAACAUAAAUAUUGUUGAAUAUAUAAAUAGAAAGUUGAUCAAUCUUUAACUUUGAUCUGCA